AUGUCAUAUCCUCAACCUCCGGCGCAGAGAGCGCCUCCUCUGCGACAAUAUACCAAUGCUCCUUCGCCGUCCGUAACCUCGCCAGGAGGUUAUUCACAAGAUGGGUCUUAUGCUGGAUAUAGUGACGGAGGCAUGAGCGGCCACAACUACCCAACCGACCCAAGCUACGACGAUGUUUCCAGUCCAACUCUUCGGGUUCGCAGCACUACGGUGCCCCGCAGUCUCAACCGCGCUCGAUGCGCCCACCUGGACCUCCAGGCCCUCCAGGCCCUGGAUAUGGACGCCCUCCAAAUGGUUAUCCUCCAGGUGGGAGACCGCCGCAAUCGCGGCCAAGAACACCUGGUGGACGCCCUGCCCCAGGCGGCAGUUUCGACAAUCCCUUUCCAUCUUUCCCCAACCGAGACCCAAGAGACCCAAGAGACCCAAGAGACCCACGAGCUCCAAGGGACCCCAGAGACCCGAGAGACCCGCGAAGCCGUAGGGAUCCAAGAGAUCCAAGAGACGCAAGGGACCCAAGAGACCCCAGAGGACUGCCGAGAGACCCGAGGGAUCGUCGCGGUCCGCCAUCGCGCGAAUUAG